AACCUCUUCUAACCCGGAAAAAGAACGCACGGACCUUUAACAAGACAGGAAGUGUCUCCUGAUGAAACUGACAGUUAGCUAGGUAUCAUGGCGCUUGAUGUAAAAUCCAGAACUAAACGAUACGAGAAAUUGGACUUCCUCGGAGAGGGUCAGUUCGCCACAGUGUACAAAGCCAGGGACAAAACGAAUGAUACCAUAGUUGCCAUUAAAAAGAUUAAGGUUGGCCACAGAACUGAGGCUAAAGAUGGUAUUAAUAGGACUGCUCUUCGAGAGAUCAAACUGCUGCAAGAACUGCAUCAUCCAAAUAUCAUUGGGCUGCUGGAUGCCUUUGGACACAAAUCCAACAUCAGCCUGGUGUUUGAUUUCAUGGAAACAGAUCUGGAGGUGAUCAUCAAAGACACCAGCCUAGUCCUUACUCCGGCCAACAUCAAAGCCUACAUCCUCAUGACUCUACAGGGAUUAGAGUAUAUGCACAAACACUGGGUCCUACACAGGGAUCUGAAGCCCAAUAAUCUGCUGUUAGAUGGCAACGGAGUAUUGAAGUUGGCUGAUUUUGGUUUGGCCAAAGCAUUUGGCAGCCCCAACAGAGUCUACACACAUCAAGUUGUUACCAGGUGGUACCGCUCCCCUGAGCUCCUGUUUGGUGCCAGGAUGUACGGUGUGGGUGUUGACAUGUGGGCAGUGGGAUGCAUCUUGGCAGAGUUACUCCUUCGGGCGCCUUCCAGUUUCUCCAGUGGUUCUUCCCGUUUGUUUCUUCAAGGACCACAACAACACAAGUAA